AUGGUGGAGUGUUUCUGCGAGUAUCUUCCUAGCAAGAAAUCGAGGAGUAAUCUUAUAAUUGUCCUUUAUAUUGUUUAUUGGAAGAAGCACAAAGGGGGACCUUCAUGCUUUAUCCACCCAUUCUUCCUGUUCAAGGACAAGGUUCGUCUGACCGCGACUCGCGCCAGGUUUCACGAUAGUAGCGAUCUCCGGCUCUUAGAGAAGAGAUACAAAUUGCGGUUUAAACACCUUCAUGAGUUUUUAGAUCUGGCAUACAUUGGUCAGGCUAUCAAGAACUUUCCCGAACUUGAUCGUCUGUUUGCGAGAAUUGGGGUCGAUGUUGAGGCGGCUCUUCUUGCCUCUGAGUCUCUGGACUUGGAGAAACUCAAUCCACCCGGCUCUUUCGAAGUCCAGCUCCAGUUGUCGGACAUUCAGUUUACAUAG